ACCAACUCCACAUUCUCGGACCACUAAACCUAGCAGCUCUGGUGUGCCCGUUCCUAGGUAACUUCAAUGUUAUAACAAUAUGAAAACCUGGUUUUCCCCUCUGAACCAUCCACCAACCUGGUUUUUGGAUCCUCGACUCCAGCUGUUUCAUCGCGGUGUUCUGCUUUCAAAUGUCUUAGCUAAAACUACCAUCAUCUUUUUCCUUUUUUCUUUGAUGCUCGGUGCCCGCCUUCACUUCGCCUCACCAGUACUUACUACUUACUGCCUACUUGGCUUUACCAGGCCUGGGGAUUCCAUUAAUUGAUGGGUUUCUUUAGUUCUCCUUGGUGGUUUGUAUGGCUCUUUUUAUGCCCAAUAGUUCUUUUGUGGCAUGUUUCACAGCUCUUGUCUCCAACCUCAAAAUGGGGAACUCAGCCAUUGCAGGGUCUAGCUUCUCAGGGUAUUUUAUAGCUCAACAUAAGAUGCCAAGUUACUGUAUUUUCAUACGUUAUACUAGUUUGUUUGUUCAAGUUAUUGAAAUAAUUUGAAGGAAAAAAAUGCAAUAUUAUAAUGUAAAUAUAAACUGUAUUUUGUUCGUUCAAAGGGAAUAGAUUUCGUUAUUGUUUUUAUCGAAAUGUAUCACUGCAAAUAUUAUUGGUAUAAUAUAAUAUAAAUCUUAUUUAGUAAAUUUGAAAGGAUUAUUUAUGUAUACAAGCCUUAUUUUAGUUAAUUGGAACAGUUUUUUAUUUGUACAUUUAAAAUGGUAAGUAAAAAUACAAUAAUAAUAAGGCAAUUACAAAAGCGAAGUGGAAAGAGAGAAGAAGUACAAAUGACAUGACAUAUAAACUUACAUGGAAGAAUUUUCUUAUUUUUAUUUUUAUUUUUUUCCGCCAUUGCCAUCUGUUACAUUAUGGAGCACUAUUCGGGUUUUCCAAAGCCUCUUCAGUUUUAAAACUGGGGGCUUCCUUUAUAUUUUAAACUGAUGAAGCCAAAUGCAAAAAGGAAGCCUAUAUAUUAAGAUUCUCUCUCUCUCCUCUUUUUUUCUCUUUUUGUUUUUUGAGAUGAAUAUAUUUCAGUUUUUCAGCUCUUCAACCCUAAAUUGAAGUUUGUUCUUCUUUUGCAUGUUGAUCAGGACAUGCAUUAUAAAGGUGAGCUCUAUUUUUUUUGUUUUGCUUUUUGGAUAAAAUUUUGAAAUUUUGGGCGUUUGGCAUUGGAUUUCUGGGUUUUGAUCUGAAUCUUGUUUGCUUUUCUGGGUCCUGGAAGGAUUUUCAUUUCAGUUUGCAUUUCUGGUGGUGUUUUUUAAUUAGUUCAGGUUAUAUAUGUUUGAUAUGCAUAAUAAAUUGGGAUGAAAAAUGAACAAUUUUAGCUAAAACGUAAAAGAAAUUCAAGUUUAGUUGCAACCAUAGUUUUUUAAUUUUCAUCAAUCUCUUUUGAGGCAGGUGAAAUUAGGGAGGGGUCAAUGAUGUUCUUAUAAGAUAGACAUUGUUAAUUUUUAUUAGAGGAAAGCGUGCUGCUGAUACUGAGAAUGAGCAAUUUGAUUUUCUACUUUACAGUGCAAGUACAUUUCUCUAUUGAUUGUGUUCUGAAUUUGGAUUUUUGUUCUGGUGAGAGUACGAGUAUUCGAUUUUCUUUAUUUUCUGUUUCUUUUGUGAUGGCUUGUUUUCGCAUGAGCUGAAAGUAGCAGUUGUUAGUUUCGAAAUGUAGGCAAAUGUACUGUUUCAUAACUCCAUGCAUGAUAAUGGUGAUAAUGAUCCAAUAUGUCUGUUAUAUCUGGCUAGAAAAAGAGAAAAAGAAAGGAAAAGACAUCCAAGUAUAAAGUUGGAGUUGGACUUCUUUGUGUCAAAUUGAAUCAUUCCGCAUUUUUUCCGGUCACUUGGUCAUUGAAAGAAGUUUGUCGCUUUAUCAAUCUUCUACAUCUGGUUUCAUUUUAAGUAGAAAGAAAAGAAGAGAGGUGCCGAUUGGGGAAGGCUUUAAAAGCUUCAUGAAAGAGUAUAUAGUUUGAACUGUAUAUUAAGUUAAUAAUACAGUUAAACUUUUGAAAUCUUUAAGUUAAUAAUAAUGAAAAAGCUUUAAGAAGCCUUCAAUGGAAUGAUUUGCAUAUUUUUAGAAGUCAAUUAAAAUCUUUAUGUAUGUCACGUUGAUAACCAGUACGGUGCCGCCACAUUCCAUAUUGGGAGAUAGUGGACCCUAUAGAAACUUAAAAAUAAUUGGUAUUGAUUGAGUGCUAUCAUCAUUCAUAUAAUAUCAACUGCUAUCGAACAAGUGGAAUGGUAAGUGCAUUUAUAACUUUUUCUUUGAAGCCUGUAUCACUUGACAGUUAUAUUUCUGUUACAGGCAACGUGAUCUCCACAUUUGGCAUAUCCAAAGAGAGAGAAACGCAUGUUAACGUUUCCGAACCCAUCAUUUUAAUCUAAUAAUACUUUUUUGCCACUUCUUCUGGUUUUAAUCUCGUGCAUAUGACAUGGAGAAUAACCUUAAUAGAAGGAAAACCUGGUUUCAGAAAGUAGCACCUAGUAAGUAAUAAAGUCAAGGAGUAAUUAGGUUAUGGCUAAUCAUUAUCUAUGUAUACUUUGAUGGUUUGUUGUUCCCUAUGCUGCCUGGUGGAAUGCAAUCAUUCCUCAAGCAUAGCUGUAUCUUUACUGCAUGUCUAUUGGAGCUCAUACACUUUCCUUUUUUUGUGGUUAAAUGGACUCAUCAGCAAAAGAGACUUCCAUAAGUGGAGUCUUUGCAUACCACUGGAAGUGGAUGGGAUCCUACUUUGCUUGGUCUUGUGUUAAAGGUCAGUCAAACCGGGAAUGCAUUUAGCAGAGAUGUCGUUCAGUCCAUAUUUUGAAGAUAUGCAUGAUGAUGAUUUUGAGGGGUCACAUGAUGAGCACAGUAUUUCUACAGAAGUUUUCUCUGAAAAUGAUACUGGCAGAAUAAGUAAAAAGUGUCUUGUUACUGGAGCUAUUAAUUUCAAGGAUAUCAAGAGUCCAGAAGCAUCACUAUGUUCUUACAGUGCAAGCUCAGCUGUAACAAGCCUUUCUUGCUCAAAAACUUUAUGCCAGGAGGUUUCCAAUUUAGCAAAUGACAGUUGUGGUUGGGUUUCUGCAUCAGGGAGCUUUCCUGAAAGAUAUGCUCUGGCUGAGAGAGAUGACCAGAAUGCGAGUUUCAAGCGAAUGAAGCUUUCCACUGGUGAAGUUUCCAGGGGCGAAGCACAAAAGAAAAAGGCAUUGAGUGCACCAUUGCAGCAGAAGGAAAUAGUUAGUGGCUUGUCCUCGACACCUACAAAUUCUGUUUACCAGAGAGUUAUGCCCCAUUUAGUUGAAUCAUCUGCUGUAGAAAUGGACAAAGGUGCUGAAAUGGAAGAUGUAGAUGUUACUAAGUCUAGAAUACAAGACUCAGGUGCGAGUGAAGGAAAAGAAGUGGUAGUAGGUAUAGCUAUAGGUUCACCUGUCUCCGAGGAGAGUUUUGCAUCAAAGGUUGUUGUUUCUAGUCCGGCAACUGCUUUGGUAAAGUUCGAGUCUCCUUUAUGUGCUCAGGAAAGAUUUAAUUUAUGCCAAUCAUUUGGAGUGGGCGGUUCUAAUAUUUCUGGGGCAACGGUGUCUAAGAUGGAUCCCCGUCCUCUUCUGCAAAGUCAUGUUUUUCACGUACUAAAAGGAGCAGGCUGGUCUAUUGAGAGACAGAAAAGGCCCAGUAGGAGUUAUAUGGAUACAGUUUAUAGAUCACCUGAGGGGAGGCUAUUUCGUGCAUUCCCUAAAGUUUGGAGAUUUUGUGGCCAGGUUUUGUUGGCUGAUAGAUACGACUUCAUGCUGGAAAAUGAUGGUAAGAAAUGGACUGACAUGACCCAGUUCUGGUCUGAUCUAUUAGAGACAUUGUUGAAUAUCGAGAAAGAAAUUAACCAAACAAACCUUUCUAAUGCAUUGGCUCAACAUUGGACUCUAUUAGAUCCCUUUGUUACUGUUGUAUUUAUUAAUAGGAAGAUUGGUUCAUUAAGAAAGGGAGAUGAGGUUAAGGCUGGAAGAAGUUUAGUUAUUGAAAAGAACAAGAAAAAUGAUACUGUUUUGGCACAGAGGAAAAAAGUUACUAUGAGAAAGUUCUGUUCUCAGGGAAUGAUGCCAACUCAGCAUUGUGAUUCUUCUCUGGCCGCUAAAAGUUCAUUGACAAUUCCCAAGAGGAGCUAUGAUUCCUCUGAGGAGCUCUCUGGCAAUGGAAGUUUGUCAAAAUUCUAUGGUAAAAUGAGUAGUGGGGCAGUAAAAUGUCUAAAAGAUGUAUCUAAUAUGACUGACCAAGAAGGUUCGCAUUUGGUAGAUACUGCGAACAGGUUAGAAACUUUUGGUUGCGAGGUCAAAGGUUUGCAUAUUGUUUCAUCACAUUCUUGUGGAUCGGAUAACACCUACGGUCAGCUAGUUAGUUCUCAAUUUAUUGAUCCUGUUGCUUCUGGAGAUGUUACCAACAUGCUUCAUGGUUUCAAAUCUGUUUCCCCUCACCAAGAUAUCAACACAAGAUCUCCAAGCUUUGGUAAACAAAUGUCUUUAUGUAAUGGAGAAACUCUUAAAGAGGUUCCAGGAAAUGUAUCGGUUGAUUCUCAGGAGGAAAAAGAUAAAACAUCUGGAGCUCUAGAUGCUGGCAAUGUCAGAAAUCUUCCACAGCAUUUACUGGAUGACCAUCCAAGCUACUUACUGGAUGACUAUCCAAGCUACCCUAGUGAUAGCCUGAUUCAGUCUGGGGAUGGUGAAGAUCAGUUUGAGAAGUCUGCUGAAGCCCUGAAGUUUGAAACAAACAAUGAAAACUGUGCACAAAAUGCUAUUUUGAAAAAGAAGGCACGCAGGAGAUCUAGAAAGAUAUCUGAAAUAAGUUUGACCACAUCAUAUCAAAGUGAUGUUCUAUGUUCUUAUACUCCUGAUAUGAGUGAACAAGAUAUUGACUCAUGCCAGGCUGACUUAAAUUCAAAGGAGGUCCAAGAAUCAUUUGAAACCAAGGGAAGCCUACAAAAGUCCUCAUCUCCUGGGCCUUCCCUAUGUCAAGUGGAGAAAAGAGGCUCAAAUUUUAAGAGGAUUUGUUGCGAUCGUGAUGGUUCUGAAAGUAGAAAGAAGAAAUCAACUGAAUGCCAAAUUGAAGAUGAUGACCUGUUGGUUUCUGCAAUUAUAAGAAACAAAGACUUAAGCAUGGGUGCCACCAGAUCUAAAUUGAAGGCCCCCAAAGUAAGAGCUCAGACCAAGUUCAAGAGAAAGAGGGGCCGCCCCAGGUUGCUUCCUCGAGUAAAGGGUAAAGGAAGGAAGCAUGUUACUAAGAUCAAGUUGAAUAAUGUUGGGUCCAGAACAGUGCUCUCAUGGCUGAUCCUAGCUGGGGUCAUUUCACUGAAUGAUGUCAUUCAAUCUCGGAAUCCUUAUGAUGAUGCUAUCGUUAAAGAUGGCUUUGUUUCCUUGGAAGGAAUAACCUGCAAGUGUUGCAACAGGGUGCUAUCAGUUUCUGAGUUUAAGAACCAUGCUGGAUUCAAGUUUAACCAUCCCUGCUUGAAUCUUUUCAUGGAAUCUGGUAAGCCUUUCACUUUAUGUCAGCUACAAGCAUGGUCUGCUGAGUACAAGACCAAAAAGAAAGGAAUCCGGAAGGUGGAAGCUGACGAAAAUGAUCGAAAUGAUGAUUCCUGUGGUCUAUGUGGAGAUGGUGGUGAACUGAUUUGUUGUGACAACUGCCCUUCUACUUUUCAUCUGGCUUGCCUGUCUAUGCAGGAACUACCUGAGGGUGAUUGGUAUUGCUCAAAUUGCACUUGUUGGAUAUGUGGGAAUUUUGUUAAUGAUAAAGAGGCUUCAAGUUUGUUUGAUGCAUUCAAAUGUUCCCAGUGUGAACACAAAUAUCAUAAGGAAUGUCUGAAUGAUAAAUGUCAGUUCAAAGAAAAGGAAUCGAAUACUUGGCUCUGUGGGGGAAGCUGUGAGGAGCUAUACUCAGGUCUUAGUUCUCGACUUGGGAUGAUUAAUCACCUCCCUGAUGGCUUUUCUUGGACACUUCUUAAAUGUAUUCAUGAAGAUCAAAAAGUUUACUCUGCUCAAAGGUUUGCCCUGCAGGCAGAAUGCAACUCAAAAUUGGCUGUCGCUUUGUCUAUCAUGGAAGAAUGUUUUCAGUCUAUGGUUGAUCCAAGAACGGGGGUAGAUAUGAUACCCCAACUCUUGUACAAUUGGGGGUCAGAUUUUGCACGCCUUAAUUUUUUUGGAUUUUAUUCUCUUGUCUUGGAGAAGGAUGACGUGCUGAUAUCUGUAGCAUCCAUCAGGAUUCAUGGGGUUACAGUUGCAGAGAUGCCUCUCAUUGCAACUUGCAUCAACUAUCGUCGUCAAGGAAUGUGUCGACGCCUUAUGAAUGUUAUUGAAGAGAUGCUCAUCUCAUUCAAGGUGGAAAAGCUGGUUAUAACCGCCAUUCCAAACUUAGUGGAAACGUGGACUAAGGGUUUUGGCUUCACACCAGUGGAGGAGGACGAAAGAAAAAUGCUUAAGAAGAUUAACUUGAUGGUGUUUCCCGGAACGAUAUUGCUUAAGAAGCCCUUGUAUCGAGAAUCAACUGAUAUAGUCAUUCACUCUGUAGGAGAUCAACCUGAAUAUAAAGCCAAUGCCGAAAUAGGAACUGAGCUUGCCGGAGACAAGAACCUGCAAGAAUCAGAAAUAGAUGGUAUGAAGGAAAUCAAAACCACUGAUGCUGGCGAAGUGGUUGAAAAACCAACCUUAAGAGUUACAGAAACUACUAGCCAGCGCUCUGACCAUAAUCGUUGCUCAGCUGAGCCGGUUGACAGGCUCAACGUUGGGCCAUGUCGAGAAACCCCUGCUGCGAACUCUGCAGCCCAAAUUGAGAGUUGUUGUGGUGACAAUGAAGCUGGUACUGAGCCGAAAGCGGAGUUCAAGCAGCAAUUAGUAGAAAAGCAGUGGUGAAAUGGAUGAGAAGGUAAGUAGAAAGAGAAGAAUAUAAACAGUAGCUGAGCGGAAAGAAAAUAGUUCAGAUAGCCAUAAUUUUUUGGGGGUUAGUUCCUAGUUUUAAGACUUUAUAUUAUGGUUAUAAUUAUUUGCAAUGAGACACAGAUUUAUGUAGAAGAAUAGGUGCAGCCUGCAGAAGAAAGACUCGUGAAUUUUGCAAAUGUUUUAAGUAGAAAUAAUAUUAUAAAAACCUGAAAUCUCCAACCAUUUUUCUAAGCUUGAAUUUAAAUUUUAAA